AUGGCGGACGAGGACGAAUUAUACUACCUGCAACCAGGUUUCGACCUGAACAGCCUCACCGUCCCUCGCAUCCGUUCCAUCCUUGUCGCACAAAAUGUGCACUAUCCGUCCUCGGCUAAGAAGGCUCAACUGCUGGAAAUCUUGGAGCAAGAGGUCUUACCGCAGAGAGAAAAGCUCCUCCGUGCGCAAGCUAGAGUCCGGCGCACAAGCAAAGGCAUAACGGAUGUUCCCAGCAGUCAAGGAACACUUGACGAUGACGACGGGGACGACGGUCAACUCAUGCCGCCUCCCCCGCCUCCGAAAACACCGCGCAGCAGGAAAAGCAAGUCGGACCUCACUGCUGCCGCCUCAGCUGCGUCGACGUCUAAGCGAACCAAGACUCCCAGCAGGAAGAGCGCGACCCGGACACCGCGCGCAUCCGACACCGAACCAGAGGGAGAGAAAUCGACCGUCCGCAGAGUUCGCAAGAGUGCACCCGUUGAGGUUGCCCCAGAACCUUCUGUUAAGAUCGAACAACCGGACAGCAAACCAAAGCGAAAAUCAGCCAGUGCAGCAGAGACAAGCCCUUUCUCCGACGACAAUCCAUUUCAGUCAGGAUCCAGUCCGACGUCGGCCUCCCAUGAUCGCAAAUCUUCGGCGUCUCGCACACGAAAAUCGUUAUCAUCAACCAGCACCGUCAAACGCCGGCAGACGACUUCGCCCCCUAUCAAGUCCGAGGAGUUUUCACCUUCGCGCUCACAGGUCUUAUUUCCAGUGUCUCGGGUCUCCUCUGGCGAUGCAGAAGAUGGGGUCGAUGUUACAGAAGAAUUCACGCCCGAGGCUGCCCGUGAACUUGCGGAAGCAGAGAGGAACGGGCAAUUAAUUCCCAACCGCACCUCGACACUUGUGAGAAGGAAAAAGAAGAAGGAAACAAACGCGGUCGUGAAAAAUGCGCCGCUGGCCAUCAUUACGACCGUCCUUGCUGCACUGGGAGCGUGGUACAGGCAGGAGAAGGUCAAUAUCGGCUACUGUGGGGUGGGAGAACCGAGCUGGUCCCUGGCCUCCAACCCACACAUUCCUGCUUGGGUGCAUGAGAACCUCCAACCCACGUGCGAGCCCUGCCCGCAACAUGCCGUCUGCUACCCGAACAUGGAAGUGGAAUGUGAGAGUGACUUUGUGGUCAAGCCCCAUCCCUUGGCCUUGAACGGCCUGGUACCGCUGCCACCGACCUGUGAACCAGACAGCGAGAAACAGAGGAGAAUCAAGGCGGUGGCAGACCGAGCCAUUGAGGAGCUUCGUGAGAGGCGAGCCGCCUAUGAGUGCGGGGGAGACGUCACGAGCUCAUCAAUGGCUGUUGCAAAAGAACCUGAGGCUGUUAAGACGGUAGCAAAGUCCGCCGCGCCCAAAUUGGAGGUUGCGGAAGAGGAACUGAAGCAAACCGUCUCCAAGUUGCGCAGGAGGGGAAUGACGGAGCUAGAGUUCGAGGAGCUCUGGCGUGGCGCGCUUGGCGACAUCAAAGCGCGAGACGAAGUUGAAGUCACUCAGGAUGGAUCCGGCCGAACCCUCCUCUCCUCUUCCUCCCUCGCCAGACUCCCCUUCGCGUGCGCCGUCCGACGAUCCCUCCUUCGAGCGUUUACAGAAAAUCGAAUCCCUAUUGCAAUUCUGAUCCUGAUUGCAUCGGCCUUGGUCUACGGCCGCAAGAAGAUACUGUCUUAUCAACAAGCCACGGCGCAGAUCCCCGGGCUCGUGGCCACGACGUUGGACAGGCUAGCCACGCAAGCCGCUCUGCAUCAGGACGGGCGUGCGUCCGAGCCAUUUAUCAGCGUUGGACAGUUGAGAGAUGAUGUGCUGAGGAAUGUAUUCAGUGUCUCAGAACGAGAACGCGUGUGGCGAAACGUGAGGAAGAUUGUGGAAGGGAAUUCCAACGUGAGGGCCGCGACCCGGGAAGGAGGCAAGACCGGUGAGUGGAGUCGUGUUUGGGAAUGGAUUGGACCUUUGGACCUGGCGCCCGGGCUGGAGGGACGGAGGUCUGGCGGGUUGAUUACCGAUGGAAGGACUGCAGAAGGGAGCAGUCGAGGUAACAGCGUGGUGAAGGCGGACGACAGCUCGACGGUGGAGGUCCGGCGGUGGGACGAGGGGAGACCGAUUUAUUGA